AUGUAUACGGAUUACGGGCUCAGCAUAACCAAGCCGAUGUUAUGCGUUGGCAGCAUGUCCGUAGACAUCGUAGAACAAUGUAAUUCAAUGCCCGCGGAUAAACGAGAUCAUUUAUCCGUGGAUGCUCGUUGGCAGCGCGGAGGCCACGCAAGCAAUGUGAGCUACGUGCUGCGUUUGCUGGGCGCUCAGGUAGAGUUCCUCGGCGUGCUGAGUCGAUCCAGCAUGCUGCGAGAGAUUCUGCAGGAGAUGGAGCGCAUCAACAUUGACUUGAGCAAUUGCCCCAGAACUGAUAAAAAUCCAGCUUUUACUACAGUUGUGAUAGAUCGUAAGACUGGCUGCCGUUCAAUUUUAGAAUGCAGCAGAAAAUUUCCAUACAUCGGCAUAGAGGAGUUCAAAAAGCUUGAUCUAAACCGUUAUGGCUGGGUGCACUUCGAGGCACGCAAUAAGCUGGACAUUAUUCCUAUGAUGCGGGCCAUACAUAACUACAACAGUGGCCGCACAGAUCACAUCAAAAUAUCACUGAAGGUGGACGGGUGCUUCAAUGAGAACAAGGAUCUCUUUGAUAUGUGCCACUAUUUGAUAUUUUCAAGGCAACUGGCACUGGAUCUGGGCUGGCAGUCAGUGAGAGAGACAUGCAUAGAAUUGGAUAAGACUCUGCCUCUGCCACGCUCGAUUCUAAUGCGCAGACCGUCCAUUAUUUGCUCCUGGGGUCCAUACGGUGCUGGCUGCCUGGAUGCUCACGGCCAAUACUUUGAUCUGCCACUUCCUGCAGGCAGAAAGCCUAUCGAUACUUAUGGAGUCGGAGAAUGCUUUACAGCAGGCGUCAUCUAUGCGUUGUAUUUGCGACAAAUGCCUUUGGCUGCAGCCGUAACUUUUGGCAACCGCGUGGCGGUUUUUAAGACAACUAGAAGUGGCUACAAUCAUAUAGCCCAGUUUCAGCACUAUCCUGUGACCAUAAGUAAUGACGAUAAGAGCUCGGAACUAUACUCAGAAGGAGAUGAAUCUGACGAUUUCACUUGCCCGCAAUAA